ACCCUCUCUCUCUCUCUCUCUCUCUCUCUCUGCCUAUCAUUUAUAAAUACCCUUUGUUGACAUAGGAGAAGAUUGCUGUAAAUCAUCCAAAUCCUUUUGGUUCUCCAUCCAGAGAGCCAUGGCUGGUUUGGAGAAUGAACCCAUGGUUCUGUGUCUUCUUCUUCUAAUAACCAUUAGUUUUGGCUUGUCCUUCAUUUGUACAGUUGCAGAGCUUCAAAGAUUUGAGCAUCCCACAAAAAGUCAUGGAACUCUCAGUUUUUUGGUCAUUGGUGAUUGGGGAAGAAAAGGAGAAUUUAACCAAUCAGAAGUUGCUCUUCAGAUGGGAAGAAUUGGAAAGAGAUUAGACAUAGAUUUCACUGUUUCAACUGGUGACAAUUUCUAUGACAAUGGACUGGAGGGAGAGAAUGACCCUGCAUUUGAGGAGUCAUUCACCAAAAUCUACACAGCAAAGAGCCUGCAAAAGCGGUGGUACUCUGUUCUUGGCAACCAUGAUUACAGAGGUGAUGCAGAGGCACAAUUGAGCCCUCUUCUUAGGAAAGUUGAUAGUAGAUGGAUUUGCUUGCGAUCUUUCCUGGUCAAUGCAGAAAUUGCGGAGUUGUUUUUUGUAGAUACCACUCCUUUCGUAGAAGAGUACUUCACUGAAAAGGAACAUACUUAUGAUUGGCGAGGCGUCACGCCUCAAAAAACUUACACUGCAGAAGUGUUAAAGGAAAUUGAAUCAGCAUUGAGGCAAUCAACGGCGAAAUGGAAAAUUGUUGUGGGUCACCAUGCAAUCAGAAGUGUUGGGCACCAUGGUGACACUCAGGAACUAAUACAGAGGCUUCUUCCAAUUCUUAAGGCCUACAAUGUCGAUUUUUACAUGAAUGGGCAUGAUCAUUGCCUUGAACACAUUAGUGAUAAUGAAAGCCCCAUCCAAUUCCUAACCAGUGGCGCGGGCUCAAAGGCAUGGAGGGGAGAUGUUAAAGAAUUAAACAGAGAAGACGUAAAGUUCUUCUAUGAUGGGCAAGGUUUCAUGUCUGUGCAGUUGACACAGACUGAAUCAGUGAUUGUGUUCUAUGAUGUUUUUGGUACAGUUUUGCACAGAUUGACUACAUUCAAGCAGCUUCACUCGGCUAUAUAGAGACUUAAACCUCAUUUAGGAUAUUGAAAGCUCCCCCCCCCCCACCCUCACCCCACCCCAACACCCAUACCAACCAAAAAAAACCAAAGAGGAGAGGAAGAUUUUGAUUCAUGCGGGUCAUUGGACUUCAAUGUGGGAAGUCCAAUCUCUUUUUUUUUUUUUCUCAUUG